CUGUCACAUGUUCAAAUCCAUUGAUCUCCGAAUCUGCGAAUGUUGAGAACCGCGGGAUAAGGACUGCGCGCUCUAUGGCUACUCGAUUGGUUUACAGUUUAACGACAAUGUAAGGAUUGCCGGUUGCUGUUCAUCAGAGCAAGCGCUAAUGUAAACAACUGAUGCUCGACGUCCAUUAUCGGUUUCUCUUGCUUAACGGAUGAUUCAUAAACAUAACGUGAUCGAAACGGCCUGUAAAUUCAAAACCUCGCAAGAUUCGUUUGACUGUCCGCGUCACCAAAAUAGCUGACACGGCAGGAAGGGUGAUGCUGAAGCUACAAUUACAUCCCAGCAAGCUUGCGGUGGCGCGAAUUCAACCUCGCAGCAAUGACGGCCACUCAGUAUGCGUUGACUAGUGCAAGCGUAUGGAAGCCAUCUCGGGGACGGACGGACAAUCGCUUCCUGCAACAUGACGCACGCCGAAGCCGACGAGGAUUUUGCACGGAUGGUACGCGAACACUGGUCCUACCAGCUGGUGCGCGAACUAGCGGACAAACGGUUGCAUUUGAACAGUACCGCACAAUCAAUCGCAAUUCGGGAUUUACAUCCCAAAGCUCGCCACCAUUUUCUAGUGCUGCCGAGAAAAGCUAUAGACACAUUGCAUGAGCUCACCAUCGAAGAUGUGGAACUCUUAGAGGAUAUGUAUCAGCUGGGUGUACGCGUAAUUCGAGCCAUGGGUCUCAGUGUGGAACAGUUCAACUUUGGGUACCAUCUCAAGCCACACAUGAAAAGGUUACAUUUGCAUGUAAUUUCGAAUGAUUUCGAUUCGCCCAGCCUGAAGCGGCGCCACCAUUGGACCAUUUUCAAUUCGGAAAUAUUCCGCACGCAUGAGGCGGUGCUGCUAGAACUGAAGCAGCAUGGCUACAUUCAGGAACGACCGGACGCAUACAUUCGAGCAUUACGCGAAGGUCCGCUAAGGUGCAAUGUGUGCACCUUUAAGGCGGAGCAUCUGCACGUAAUGAAAAAUCACAUCACCAUGCACCUGAACCAUGGUUAGAGGGGGGAGGGGGGCUUCUGAUCUCAGAAACUCUAGCAGUAGCAUCCCGAGUGAUCCGAUGCAAUCUAAACAGGUUGACAAAAGGCAACAGUUUUGAAUUUCGAUUUAAAAUAAACUAUUAUAAGCUGUUUCUAUUAAAUAAAAUAAAAUAAACUAUUAUAAGAUCCCAUACAGAAGAA